AUGGCUACUACAACCACCACGGCCCCUACAACAGAUAAAUUCGAAAUCUUUAGCAGAAUCCAACCACACGAAUACUUGAAGCGAUUUUUGGAUCAAAAAGUCAGACCCGAUGGAAGAUCAUUGAAUGAAUUUAGAAAGACCAUGAUCACCUCAGGUGCUAUUUCAACCGCUAAUGCAAGUGCAAUGGUGCGUUUGGGUGGUACUACUGUUGUAUGUGGUAUCAAAGCUGAAGUGUGUGAACCUAAAAUUGAUGUUCCUAAUCAAGGCUACUUGGUUCCCAAUGUUGAAUUAUCGCCACUUUGUUCACCCAAAUUCAAUCCUGGAGCACCAUCUGAAAAAGCACAAUCUACCUCAGAGUUUCUUCAUCAGUUAUUCGUGAAAUCCCAAGUGUUUCCAUUAGAGGAUUUGUGUAUCGAGGAGGGAAAGGCAGUGUGGGUAUUAUAUGCUGAUAUGGUCUGUCUGAAUUACGAUGGAAAUAUAUUGGACGCAAGCUUGUUAGCACUAACCACUGCAUUAAAAGACUUGAAAUUACCUAAAGCGCAUGUAUCCCCAUCCUUGGUGGUUGAAGCUGAUCCCACUGAAUUCACAAGCAUCUCACUCUCACGAUUCCCUGUUUCAUCCACAUUUUGCAUUUUCAACAAUCCAGAUAUUACUUUAUCUGAUCCCAAUGACACUGAGGAAUCACUGGCAAAGGAGACUGUGACAAUAGUGAUGGAUCUGGAUCUUCAACUGUGCAAGAUAUACAAGAACGGCGGCACCACCAUCACAGCAGAAGGGUUAAAGCAAUGUAUCGAUAAUGCAAAGCAGAGAACCAAUCAAGUUAGAUCCUUGGUCGAUGAAGCCAUCUUGUAA